AACGGCGGCGGCGGCGGCGGCGGCUCCUCGUCCUCACUCCCUCGGUCCUUCCCUCCCUCCCUCCCUUUCCCGGCGGGCCUGGCCGCCCAGCGGGACAGGCGGGCGGCAGCCAGGCAUGGCGCUGACUGUGGACGUGGUGGGGCCAGCCCCUUGGGGCUUCCGCAUUAGCGGAGGCAGAGAUUUCCACACACCCAUCAUCGUGACCAAGGUAACAGAGCGGGGCAAGGCUGAGGCGGCAGAUCUCCGGCCUGGCGACAUCAUUGUGGCCAUCAAUGGCGAGAGUGCCGAGAGCAUGCUGCAUGCUGAAGCCCAGAGCAAGAUCCGACAGAGCGCCUCACCCCUACGACUACGGCUGGACCGGUCCCAACCUGCCUCUCCAGGGCAGACCAAUGGGGAGGGCUCCUUGGAAGUGCUGGCAGCUAGAUUCCAGGGCUCCCUGAGGACACGCCAUGACAGCCAGUCCUCCUGGAGACCUGCCUAUUUCAGCCCAGCCUCCCUCAGUCCGAGGCCAGGCAGCCCUUUCUCCACUCCACCCCCAACCAGCCCACUUGCUGUUUCUGGAGAGGAUGUAAUUGGCUGUAGUUUCCAGAGUCUGACACACUCUCCAGGCCUUGCUGCUACUCACCGCUUGUCCCACCCGGGCCACCCCACCAGCCAACAGGCCGGACACAGUAGCCCUAGCGACUCCUCCGCAGUGAGGGUGCUGCUACAUUCCCCAGGACCUCGGUCCUCCAGCCCCAGGUUCAGCAACUUGGACCUGGAAGAAGACUCAGAGGUAUUCAAGAUGCUGCAGGAGAACCGCCAGGGUCGGGCCGCCCCGAGACAGUCCAGCUCCUUCCGGCUCCUGCAAGAAGCCCUGGAGGCUGAGGAGAGAGGUGGCACACCUGCCUUUGUGCCCAGCUCGCUGAGUCCCCAGGCCGCCUUGCCCACCUCCAAGGCCUCGGCCACCCCACCCAAGCUCCACACCUGUGAGAAGUGCAGUGUCAACAUCUCGAACCAGGCUGUCCGCAUCCAGGAGGGGAGGUACCGACACCCUGGCUGCUACACCUGUGCGGACUGUGGGCUGAACCUGAAGAUGCGCGGUCACUUCUGGGUGGGCGAUGAGCUGUACUGUGAGAAGCAUGCCCGCCAGCGCUACUCAAUGCCUGGCGCGCUCAGCUCUCGGGCCUGAGCCUCAGCCUGUCUGUGCUCUCAGGCUCUGCAGACCGAGAGCAAGCAGGGAGGGGGUGAUGGCAGGUGGUGGCUUCUUCCGUGAACUAAGGCUGGGGAGACCCCUUUGUCCUCGCUGGCUGAAGCCACGGCUUGGGACUCGUCUCAGGCCGCAAGUGCUGAGGACAGUUUCCACUCUCUCUGGCCUUUCUCCUGCAGGCCAGGUGUUGCACUGCGGUCUGAAAUGGCCACUCCAUUGGACACAUUUGUAUAUAGGGUUGGGCACAUACGUAAGUAUCUAGAAGGGCAAGGUGGGCCUGAGGUUAGUGAUAUUUACGGUGUAAAGUUUUUGACCUAUGAACUCUAUAUACAUGUGGAUAAAAACCAA